CAUGACAUAUGAACUGUCAUUCAUUAUUCCCAAUAAUGGCCGAAUUUAUCUAAAUACGGAACAAACGAGCGAGUAUUCAUAUGUAAAUCUAAUUACUCAAUUCAAUGUUUUAAUCUUUGUGUGAAUGUGUCAAUAAUAAAUCUAAAGCGGAAUGUUUCCGCUUACGCCGCCCGUUGUUAAGCGUUUGCUAGGUUGGAAAAAGGGUCCCGAAGGAACGUCGGCGGCCGAGGACAAAUGGUCGGAGAAGGCGGUGAAGAGUCUGGUGAAAAAAUUAAAAAAGAGCGGUGCCAUUGAAGAACUGGAGAAGGCUUUAUCGAAUCAGAAUAGUCACACCAAGUGCGUUACAAUACCCAGAGUGAAGCCAAACGACAACGUCAUCAAUGGGCAGUACAGGAAGGGUCUGCCGCAUGUUGUCUAUUGUAGGCUGUGGCGCUGGCCGCAGCUUCAAAGUCAACAUGAACUAAAGCCUGUAGACCAUUGCGAAUACGCGUAUCAGUUAAAAAAGGACGAAGUGUGCGUCAAUCCUUAUCAUUAUAAUAAAAUUGACUCUCCAGCGCUGCCGCCUAUUCUCGUACCGAGGUGUAACGAAGGCGAAGUCCGAGCGCCGCCUCCAUACGACUACCAGCAACAUCACGACCACGAUAGCGUGAUGCAGAGCGGCGCGGUGGGCGUGGCUGCGGGCGGGCACAGCGCGCUGUACCUGGAGGCCACGCUGGCCCAGCAGGUGCCCGGCAACACCACCGUGCAGCUAAGCUCAUCAUCAGUGGAGACCCCGCCGCCAGGCUACAUGUCGGAGGACGGGGACCCAAUGGACCAUAACGACAACAUGAACCUGACGCGUCUAACCCCAUCCCCGGGAGCCCUAGCCAGCGAGGCGGCUCCAGUCCUGUACCAUGAGCCUGCUUUUUGGUGCAGCAUCAGCUACUAUGAGCUUAACACGCGCGUGGGGGAGACCUUCCAUGCCUCUCAACCCUCUAUAACCGUGGACGGGUUUACGGACCCUAGUAACAGUGAGAGAUUUUGCCUCGGCUUGCUUUCGAAUGUGAAUCGUAAUGAAGUGGUAGAACAAACUCGCAGACAUAUUGGGAAAGGAGUACGAUUGUACUACAUUGGUGGUGAAGUUUUUGCGGAAUGCCUGAGUGAUUCGUCAAUAUUUGUGCAAAGUCCAAACUGCAACCAGAGAUAUGGAUGGCAUCCUGCCACCGUUUGUAAAAUACCACCAGGUUGCAACCUGAAAAUAUUCAAUAAUCAAGAGUUCGCGGCUCUACUCUCUCAGUCAGUGUCGCAGGGCUUCGAGGCAGUGUUCCAGUUGACACGAAUGUGCACUAUACGAAUGAGCUUUGUGAAGGGUUGGGGGGCGGAGUACAGGCGGCAAACAGUGACAUCAACCCCAUGCUGGAUCGAGCUACACCUCAACGGGCCUCUGCAGUGGCUCGACCGAGUGCUCACGCAGAUGGGCUCCCCGCCGCUGCCCUGCUCCUCCAUGUCCUGAGCUCACAGCACCGCACACCGCACGCCGCCGGGUCGGCAGAGUCAGUCAAAAAUAAUCAAAUAAGCACACAAAACUGUAACAAAAAACGUAGAUUUCGUAAGCGUAGCUCAACAAAUUGAAUACCUCGAGUCUUAGACUAUUUGAUAAAAAUAAAAAUAAAACUAUGA